UGUGUGUCGACGCGCGUCGCGCUCAGGACCAGCCCCCUCCUGACACACCCACACGCUCCACGCCCACUCGCGCACACAUACCGCCUCGCGCCUGCCCCGCCUGCCUCCCCCUCUCGUCUAGCCUGCGCCGGACUGCCUGUACCCCCUCCUGAGAAGUGGCGCAUCUGAUGCCGCCUGGUGCCGGUGCUCACCUGGCCGAUCGACGGCGGAUACAUCGGCCCUUCUCACCACAGGACCCCGGCGAGGAUGUGCCGAUGGCCAUGCUCGGCGAGCGCGGGCCCCCCCUCCACCACCAGACCCAGGGGGAUGCCCUGCCGGGGCCACAGCAGCACCAGCAGCCGGACAACGCGGACUCCGAGCCGGAGAUCCCCUACACCACGCGGUACCACUCGUCCACCCGGCUGCGGCGGAUGCUCGGCUGGCCGGUGCGGCUGGUGCGCCAGGCCUUCGACGAUCUGAGCCUCCGGCUGCAGCAUCUGCAGGAGAGCGCCCGCGGGGCGCGGGACACCCUGCAGGUGGAUGACACCGGCCAUCGCCACGGCCCGGUGGUCCUGUGGGCCCUGGUGGCAUACUCGCUGGUGGCGCGGUAUGCCAACUUCCUGCGCCUGCAUGUGGCAUACAUCGUGCUGGUGUGCCUCCUUUGCUCGCUGGCGGUGUGGCUGAUUGAAAGCCACAAUCCGGCCACCCCGCUGACCGGCGGGUACUUUGAUAGCUUCGCCGCGGCGGCGGUGACCGUCUCGCUGACCGGCAUGUCCAUCGUGCCGCUGAGCGACAUGCACACCGCCUCGCUGGUGGUGUGCAUGGUGUGCACGAUCCUCUGCUCGAAUAUCCUGCUGUCCGUGGUGCCGGUGCUCAUCCGCCGGAGCUACUUCGAACGGACCCUCCGCCGGACGCUGGUCAUGGACCGGCGCAUGCGCGACCGGCAGCCGAUCGAGCUCCGGGCCCUGACGCUGGUCAUUCGCAUUGCCCUGUGCUACUUUGCGGCGGUCAUUGUCCUGGGCACGGUGGUGCUGCUGCUGCUGGUGACGCUGGACCCCUCGGCGCGGGCCAUCCUCCGCCAGGGGGGGGUGGUCUUCCCGCCGGGGGCCGGGCCCGGGGGCGUCAAUGCCGGGGAACCGCGGCACCCCCUAUUUUGGGCCCUCUUCCACACCAUCUCGGCCUUUUCCACCAUCGGCACGGCCCUGCACCCGGACAGCUUUGCCCCCUGGGCCGGGCACCCGAGCAUCUUGUGGUUCUUCGCCUCGUUGACCUUCCUCGGGCAUAGCCUGUAUCCGAUCAUCUUCCGGGCCAUUGUGGCCGGGCUGCAUCGGUGGGUGGGCCGGCGUCGAGCCGGCACGCCGUAUGCCUUCCUGCUGGCACACCCGCGGCACUGCUACACGCACAUGUUUUCCCGGGUCCACACCCGGUGGCUGCUGCUGACCGUGGUGGUGAUGUUCCUCUUCGAAUUGUUCACCUUCAUCGGGCUCGAGUGGAAUAAGGCCAUCUUCACCGGCAUGGGCCAGGCCCAGCGCCUGGCCAACACCAUGUUCACCAUCGCCAGUAAUCGCACCACCGGCAGCAACUCCAUCAGCGUGCCGGACACGGUGCCGGUGGCGCAAUUCCUCAUGAUGUGCUUCAUGAUGAUCUCCUCGACUCCCAUUCACAUUGCCCUCCGGUAUAGUACCAUCCCGGUGAGUGUCAAUGGCGCGGACAAGGUGGCGGCAUCGGCGGCAUCGGCGGCGGCGGCGGCGGCGGCGGCGGGGACCGGCGGCCCCGGCGGUACGCUCCCCGGCCCGGCCGGCGUCCCGGGCACCGGGUCGACCGCCGACUUGGCCCUGGGCGGGGUGGCCAUCGCCGCGCCCGGGCCAUCGGGCGCGUCGACCCUCCGGCGAAAGCGCCCCUGGCGUCAGGACCCCCACGGGGGGCCUCCCGGUGCCGGGGCUGGCAAUGAUCCGGCCCCGUUGCCGGGAUCGCCGGUGUUGCAUUUGGACACGCGCCUGGGCCUUGCCCCGGCCGGGGAUGAUGCCGAUCGGCCGGGCGACCUGGCCGAGGAGCAGGAGGACUGGCUGGCCGGCGGGUCGCCCGGAGGACGGGCCAGCUUCGGCGCCGAGAGCUUCUCCAGCCGGACCCAGGCCGCCCCGGGGGUGGGCAACGCCGGGCCCGGGUCCAAUGUUGGCCCGGUGCCCGGCGGCGACCUGACGUACAUGGUGCCGGAGGGCCUGUCGGCCGGCGCCGCGGCCGAGGUUCUGGCCGCCGGCGGGGAGGUGGCCAACAACUUCGACCCGGCCACCGGCGGGCCAAACCCGGCGGCGGCCACGAGCCUGGUGCGCAGUCGGGAAACCCUGCGUGCCCAGGUGAAGUCCUCCGUCUUCCGGCAUCCCUUCUUCCUGUUCCUGGCCAUGUACCUGAUCUUGAUCCUGGAAACGGACAACCUCGGCAUCGGGGACCCCUCGCGGCCGGGCAACAUCACCAUCUUCAACAUCCUCUUCGAGGUGGUGUCGGCCUACGGCAACAUCGGCCUGUCGCUGGGCUACCCGGGGGCGGUGACAUCGCUGUCCGGCCGGAUGACCCUGGCAUCGCGGCUGAUCAUCCUGCUGACCAUGCUGCUGGGCCGGCACCGGCACCUGCCGCACUCCAUCGACUCGGCGGUCAACCUCUUCCCCGAUGAUUUGGUCUUCCUGGCGGUGGUCGAGCAGCAGCUCCUGCAGGAUGCCGCGCCGCCGGGGGGCGGAGGGACCGACCCUGGCGGCGGCGGCCCCGGCGCCGCCGCCGCCGGUGCCCAUGCCUCCUCGGACAUGGAGAAGGCCAUCGGCGGCCGGGGCUCCGGCGAGUGGUCGCGAUCGCCGCCGCCGGCCUACAGUGCUGGCGGCAGCGCCGGCAGUCCCACCGGCCGCGGCGGCCCGGCCGACGACGGGCCCCCGGCGCCGGAGGGGCACCACCACCAUCCGCCCGGAGCCGGGGGCCCAUUCACGCUGGUGGCCGAGGCGGGGCACGCGGGCGCGGGCGCCACACGUGACGCCUCGCCCGACCUCGGGGCCACGGAUCACUCGCUCCUGAGCACCAUCGGCCAGUCUCACAUGCCGUCCAACCCGCCACCCUCCCCGACCCAGUAAAUAGAUAAUGGUAUUCGCG